UUGGACACAAGCAUUUUUUGUUUUCUAUUCUUUUUUAUUUAUGUUGCAAAGUAUAAUAGCUUUUGUUAUGCUGUAAAGAAGAACAGUUUUUGUAAGGUUCCUCAACUGUCUCCCUCUCUUUGCUCUCUGGUACUCUACAACCUAGUGAUAGACUAUUUCGACGAAAGCGAUCGUUUAUACUUUUUUUCAUCUCGACUGCCGCCACAUUUAGCUACAUUUGCCGCAAAGAACACCACGGGUUUUGUUAUGGCUGAACUCGUCGAUCUCUUAAAAGAUGUUGGAUUCUUUCUACACACCGAAAAGGCUAAAUCGGUUCAAGUCUCCCACGUGGAAAAGGCGAUAGAUAAAAGAAACGAUAGUUUCUCCGAUGCUAUUGGUGCACCGAAGAUUCCCUCAGUGUCGUGGGAUGAAGUGGGCGGUUUGGAGGAGACAAAACGAGUCGUGAUUGAGAGCAUAGAAGUAAAUCUACGAGGUGGUAAAUUGCGCAGAUCAGGCAUUAUCUUUUUCGGACCACCAGGUUGCGGGAAGACACUACUCGCUAAGGCUGUUGCGACCGAAUUUAAAGUGGCAUUCCUGAACGUUAAAGGACCUGAACUGCUGAAUAAAUACAUUGUAUUCGAAAGAGGUCGACAAGCAUCACCUUGUGUAAUAUUUUUUGACGAGUUGGAUUCGCUUGCACCAAACAGAGGACGUCAUGGUGACUCCGGGGGUGUCAUGGACAGGAUUGUGUCGCAGCUGUUAGCUGAGCUGGAUAGCUUGCAUCAGAGUCCCCACAUAAAGGUGUUUGUCAUGGCGGCGACAAAUCGUGCCGAUCUCCUAGAUCCAGCACUUCUUACUCCUGGAAGGUUUGACAAAGUGAUUCAUGUUGAACCGGGAACCGAUGUUGAAUCAAAGACAAAAAUUUUGCGAGCAGUUAGCAAAAAGGUUCUUUUUGCCGAAGAUGUUAACCUAGAGGAAGUGGUGAGGUUUUACUAA